UAUAAAUUGUGUGAAAACAUGUAUGAAAUUUAAUAUCAAUAAUAAAAACUGGAUAUUAAAUAGAUUUAAUAUAAAAUAUAAUUAUGGGUAUAGACGAACCUAAAGCUACCGGAGCUGUUGAAACCAAUCAUGUAGAGACAGGUGAUCGGUACGGGAAAUAUGGCGGUCCAGAGGGUCUGAAAAGUGUACAGAUAUUUACAGUCGAUGACAGCAAUAGAGACGAUCAGAAAAUGGUGGCCAAUUGGGAUGAAAUUGACAAAAUAUUUUCCGACAAUCCCGCGGUGGCCAACAAACCACUAAAAUUAGUGGUCAUAUGCGGCGCUCCGCGAAUCGGUAAAUCUACGUUUGCCAGUCUAUUGUAUCUAAACAAUGAGCCUAUCUAUCAAAAUAGUGAUAAUAAUGAUAAUAAUAAUAAUAAUACAAAAACUAUUACCAAAAUAUUUGAGACAUCGGGUAAAACAUUUCGGGCCAAUACUAAAGGUGUUUGGAUAACACCGGUUCCCAUACCUGUUAGGGAACGACCCGAUAGUGAUAUACUAUACAAUGUGUUUAUUGUUGACGUCGAGGGUAUAUUGGGUCCCAAUUCCGAUCAAUUUAUUUAUCAACAGUUAUAUGUAUUAUCAUCGAUGAUGUCCUCGCAUUUUAUCUAUUAUCUCAGACAUCCAUUCAAUGAAUAUCACGAACAAGUACUACAAUUGUACACAACAUUAGCCCAAACCGUACAGUCGUUAAACGAUAAGCUCAUACUAAUGGCCAGUAAUUUGAUUAAUCAACAGGAGUUUCGAUACGGACGGGUAGAUAGCGACAAAUAUGUGGAUAUUUUGAACAGCGAUUCAAACAUUAAUCUCACAAAAUUUACCAAAUAUUUUAAAUGCAUAGACUGCUAUCUGAUGCCCGAACCGGCUGAUCGUAUGCGCACCGGUAUGCUUAAAGAUAGCGAUACAUACUAUACCAGCGAUGAUGUCGGGCACAGUUAUCUUAAGUAUGUACACGAGUUUCGUCAGCUAAUAAUGGCCACCACCGCCAAUACUGGAGCUGACAAUGGCCUGAAAACAUCGACAACAACUGGACAGCCGAUAAAUGGUCGGGACUUUCAUCGGGCAUUGCGACCACUGUUCGACUUAAUUACUACUACCAAUCGAUUGGAAAAGUUACCGAACGAAAUGUCGUUAUUGGCGGCCGAUUUUGCCGACAAAUUGAUUCAACGAUUGAUUGAAAAAUAUCAGCAAUCGAUUGGCGAUUGUUAUGAACAAUAUAUGUAUAACGGUCUGGCCAUUGAUCUACUCGAUAGCCGUCACACGGAACUGGUCGGCCAAUUGCUGGACGAUUUAGUCCAUACUGAUAAUCCCUAUUGUCAUUGGUCUAAAUCGGCCGACGGUUUGGACAAUACGGCAGCAGUUGACAGCAGUAGACUUGAAUUAAUUGGCAAACUUGACAACCAAUACGAUAGGUUUGCCCGAAAUGCACGACUCUAUCGAAACUGUUUGAACUCGUAUACCGAUGCCAUCAGUAUUGGUAUCCGUCAAAUGAUCGGCCGGUUAGCCGUUAAUCCAAAACUUGAUGGUUUGAAUCGCGAGCUCCAGGACCUGAAUUCUGUACACAGUAAACGUGUGGACAGUUGGUUUAGGGAGCAAGCGUUGAAAGCCAAUCGACAACAACACGACAGUGACUACGAUUUUGGUCAAUUGCUGGACAAACAUAUAGACGGCUACUACGGUCUCAAUGAGUCGAAUCUAUUGGCAAUGGGAUCGGCUGUCUAUCGAUACGAGUCGGAGUUAUUGGCGACGAAAGCGUCAAAGGGCUGGUUGAAUGGUAUGCUUAACGGUUCUAAUCAAUGGAUACACGCGCACAAUGAGGUGAUUCGGCGUAUUGGACCCGAUUUUGCCCAACGAUUAGCUGCCAACAGUGCCAGAUAUGCCGAUAAGGUUUCGGUAGGCAUUCUGGCCAGUGAUGUCGACUAUUUGGUCGAAUUUAGUACUAUUAUAGCUAAACGUUUUGAUUCAAAUUCGGGUCUGAAUUGGGCACUAGAAAUCGGUUCCGAUUUGUUGGCCAGUAGUGUUAUAAUUGGUUUGGGCGCACUGGCUGUUCCCGAAAUGCUGGUCAUUGGCAUACCUUAUUCGGUAUAUGCUUGUAUUAAGUGGGCUCGAAAACCAACUAAACAAAAUUAAUUAAUUAAUCAAUUAACCUUGAACUAAUUAACUAACA